AUGGAGUUGGAUUUUGGUGACCCUUCUCAGGGCCAGCAAUGUCUCCAGGCCCCAGACCUAAGGCUAACUUCAUGUGGCCUCUAUGGCUGGGAAGGGGCUGACCUGACCAUUUUACGUGCGUCUCAUACUCUGCUUGUACAUGUAUGUGUGUGUCUUGUGCUCAGUCAUGUCCACAUCUUCGGGACCCCAUGCACUAUAACCCACCAGGCUCCCCUGUCCAUGGGGUUUCCCCAGCAGGAAUACUGGGCUGGGUUGCCAUUUCCUUCUCCAGCGGAUCUUCCUGACUCAGGGAUCGAACUCUCCUCUCCUGCACUGCAGGUGGAUUCUUUACCACUGAGCCAGGGGAAAGCCCAUAAGCUUAUUGCAUACAAGCAAAUCCUUAGGCCUCAUUCAAGACUAUGGCUUCUUUCUUUGCACAUAAUUCUAACAGGUUUGUUCAUCUAG